AGGCGGGGAGGGAAGGAGCAACGGCAGUUACGCGAGUGACACCCCCUUUGUAGGACACCCCCACCUUGUAGGUCACCCCCUUUACAGGUGAGGGUGGCAAGGAGACACUAAAGAAGAAAACAACUGCUCUAGAAACGGCUUGGCGCCGCUCUGAAAUCCCCCCUCUUCCUUUCCUGGUGUCAUAUGUACGUGCGUGUCUGUCAAAACUCCCUCCUUUCUGCAAAUGGGGCUCUCUUUAUGCAGCCUAUUCUGUGGCGGAGAUCUGCUUUGGAUAUUUCAUACUAGCUACAAUAAGCUGACCUCAAGUUUGAAUAGUACUGGCAGUCUGGAACUAACAACUGUGAUUCCACUUUAGAUGCAUAAUGAGCACUCUGAUGCAAGAUAAAGUCAGUGAACAACUAUAAAAUGCCCAGAUUUGGGUCAGCAAAGGCAGUUCAGAUUCAAAAUUCUGACAGCGAUAGCACCAUGGUGGAGAAACCAACUGGAAGAAAGAGCAAGGACAAGAUUGCCUCCUACACCAAAACUGCCAAAGUGGAUAGGAGUGAUGUGGGAAAGGAGAUGAAAGAAAAGUCUUCCAUGAAACGUAAACUUCAGUUUAAUGUUAGUCCAUCCAGAAAUGAAGAUCGAAAUUCAGACACAGAUUCAGAUCCAGGACAUACAAAUGAAAACUGGGGGGAGAGAUUAAUAUCUACUUACAGGACAUAUUCAGAGAAAGAAGUCCCAGAGAAGAAGAAAAUGAAAAAGGAAACUGGAAAUAAGAAAGCAGCACCUGUUAGUAUUCUGUUUGGUUACCCACUAUCAGAACGCAAGCAGAUGGCCCUUCUUAUGCAGAUGACUGCCAGAGACAACAGUUCAGAUCCCAGUCUAAAUCAUCCUCUGCAGACAACACCAACACAAAAGAAAACACCAAGCUCUUCAUCACGACAAAAAGACAAAGUUAACAAAAGAAAUGAACGAGGGGAAACCCCCUUACAUACUGCAGCCAUUAGAGGCGACAUUAAACAAGUUAAAGAGUUAAUCAGUCAAGGUGCAAAUGUGAAUGUAAAAGAUUUUGCAGGUUGGACACCUCUCCAUGAAGCUUGCAAUGCUGGCUAUUAUGAUGUUGCUAAGGUCUUAAUAGCAGCAGGGGCAGAUGUGAAUACUCAAGGACUAGAUGAUGAUACUCCACUUCAUGAUUCUGCAAGUAGCGGACAUAGAAAAAUUGUGAAAUUGCUGCUCCGACAUGGCGGAAAUCCAUUUCAGGCUAAUAAACAAGGAGAAAGGCCUGUUGAUGUAGCAGAUACAGAAGAACUAGGGCGGUUACUGAAAAGAGAAGUUCCUAUUUCUGAUGAUGACGAUGGUUGUUCAGAUCUUGAAGAGACACCGUCUGUAAAUCCUUCCAGUAUAGAUGGGACUAUGGAUUCUGAGACAGAGAAAGAAUCUCUAGACAGCAAGCACAUUCCCAAUAAGGCAUCAUUUUCAUCUGCUCUUGAUGAAUAUGAGUUUAAAGAUGAUGAUGAAGAUGAAGUUAAGAAAAUGAUUGAUGACAGACAUAUACCUAGGAAAGAUAUGAGAAAAGAGGAUGAAUCUGAAAUAGAACAGAGUAACCUAUUUCUUAAACAGGAAAAGGUAACAUUUCCAAAAUCAUUUAAAAAUAAGAAACAGAAGCCUUCCAGAGUCUUAUAUUCAAGUUCUGAAAGUUCAGAUGAAGACAUUCUUCAGGACAAAAAGAUAAUCUCUUCUCCGUGUUCUGUCACAGAAACUUCAAAUUCUGAUGCAAAGAUUAAAAAAGAAUAUGCUUUUAGUGAAUAUAAGCAGAAAGGAAAAGUUAAAAGAAAACUAAAAAAUCAAAGCAAAAAUAAAGAGAACCAACAAUUAAAACUUGAAAAAGAGAAUUCCAGAGUGCUAAACCUGGGUGCUUCUGUAUUAGAAUCUUUAGACAAAAGCAGAGAGGAAGAGAAUUUUCGAAAAUCUUUUAACUCAAAAGAGGAUUCUUCUUUGCCCUUACUCCAUAUUACUGCAGGCAGAUCCCCCAAGCACCCAUGUGGAUUAAUUGAAAAGCAGUCAACUCCACUUAAACAAGAAAAUGUUAAAACAUGUUUAUCUCCAGGAGGGUCUGACAUAACAUCACAAUCUGAAUUAGUGCAGUAUGAUCAUAAUACAGACUCUGAGUUUGUACUGGAAAGCUCCAGUGGCAAAUCCUACAAGCACAAAGACAAAAGUAAACAUCAGAAAGAAUUUAUUUCUGAAUUUGGUGAAAAAUCCAGUCCUAAACUUAAGGAGGAACAACACAAUAGCUCAUCCUUUGAAAUUUCUGAAUGUACCUUGAAAAAAGUAGACAAGGAGGGGAAAGCACUUAAGAAGCAUAAACUGAAACAUAAAGAAAAGGAUAAGCACAAAAAAGAGCAAGAUGGAGAAAAGGAAAAGAACAAGCAUCGAGAGAGUUCUAAGGAGGCCCAAAGGAAUAUUGAGUUUGAUAGAGAGUUUUGGAAAGAGAACUUUUUUAAAAGUGAUGAAGCAGAGGAUAUAUCAAGUUUGGACCAUGAAUCUCAAACCUCUGAGAGAAAAUCUAAGCUGGAAAAAGGUCUGAUGAAAGAAGACAAAUAUGUGAAAGAGAAAAACUUUCAAAAAGAUAGAAAUUUUAGAGAGGAAAAGGAGAGAGAGAAAAAUAAAAAAGAAAAUGACAAGGAGGAAAAAGCAAAAGAUACAAAGGAAGAAAAAGACAUGUUCAUUGAUAAAGAAACAGAAUUGUUUUGUUUAGGUGGUAGGGAUUUAGCUACUAAUGUAUCUUUGGUAGAGAAAGAAACAGACUUUGAGAAACAGGAAAAACCCACAAAGGAACAUAGAGAAAAGCUGGAGAAGCGGAAUUCUGCUACUGAAAAAGUAGAAAGAAAACAUCUAGACAGAGAGAAAAAAAUAAAAUGUGAACAUAAGUCAGAAAAAGAAAGAUCAGACCCCAUUGAAAAUGUAGAAAAGACAAAAGAAAAAGAAAAAUCAUAUUUUCAGCAAACAGAAAAAUCUCAUAAAGAAAAUGACAAAUUAAAAAGCAUAAAUACUAUUAAAAAGCUUGAUGACAGAGAAAAAAUCAAAGAAAAACUUGAUAAAAAGCAUGACAAAGAAAAAAGUGAUAGAUACUUGUCAGAAUGCAAAGAAAAGCCUGGAAUUGAGAGAAAACCCAAGGUUUCUGAAAAGGAAGCUGACUAUUCAAAAAUUGAAAAGGGUAAAAAAGAAAAGGAAGCUGAGAAAAAAGAAAAACCAAGAGAUCGGGAUAGUUCAACAGUUGCAACUAUAAAGCAUGUUCCAGAAGAAAAGAAAUGUAGCAUUGAAAAAACCUUGUCCUUGAAAGAGAAACCAAAAGAUGAAUUACUGAAAACUCCAGAUGGAAGAGAGAAAGAUAAAAAAGAUAAAGAUAUAGAUAGAUAUAAAGAGCGUGACAAACAUAAAGAUAAAAUACAGCCAAACAGCGUACUUAAGCUAAAACCUGAAACUGAAAAGCUUAAGUCAAAACCAGCAUCAGCACCUAAAGACAGUCGGCCUAAAGAAAAGAGAUUAUUGAAUGAUGAUUUGAUGCAGACAAGCUUUGAAAGAAUGCUUAGUCUAAAAGAUCUGGAAAUUGAACAAUGGCAUAGAAAACACAAAGAAAAAAUAAAACAGAAAGAAAAAGAAAGAUUGAAGAAUCGAUCCUGUUCAGAACUUAACAAAAUAAAAGAUAAGGACAAAACAAAACAUCCACUUACUGAAUCAAAAACUAAAGAGCUGAUUCGUUCAAAAAGCUCUGAGUUGUCAGAUACUUGUGUGAAGGAUAAGCAGCCGAAAGAUGCUACAAGUAGUAGAUCGCAGUCUGUUGACAUAAAGAAUUUAGCAGCUGGUGGGAAACUGACACUGCUACAGGACAACAGCUUAAGUAGAUCUCCCAGAUCAGAAAGUGAAAAGACAGGGCUAACAUCCAGAUCAGUGUCCAUGCUUUCAGUGGCUAGUUCGGAGGAUUCUUGCCAUACAACAGUGACUCCUCCAAGACCAAUAACUGAAUAUGAUUCAGACUUCAUGCUUGAAGGAUCUGAUUCUCAAAUGUCUUUUUCACAUUCACCAUUUUUACCUAGUGCCAAAUCACCUGCUCAUCAUGAGACUGAUAGUUUAUCAGAGUUGCCGGAGCGCAAUAAAGCACCUUUUCCAAACAGGUUUCCACCAGCUUAUGUGAGAUCAGCAUCUGUUGAGGAUGUUAAACUUAUUAUAAACGAGUGCAGGCCGGUUGUAGAAGUUCGAAGGUGUAGUAUGCCAUCUGUUGUUUGUGAAAAUGCAAAGCAGCCCCGAGUGUCAGAAGAAAAUAAUCACAGUGCGUUGCUUUCAGUUCAGAGUCAUAGUUGCCCUUCUCCUAAACAUGAAUCACUAUGCUGUAAUUUGCUGGAGAAGGAUUCCCAAAAUGGUAUGUCAAGCAUGCAUUCCAGUUCUGCAUCAUCUCCAACUAGAUCUGCUAGCAACAAGCAUAUUACAUCAGAUGCAGUUAAAAAUGCUACUCUGACAAACCCAUCAGGAGAAAGUCAUACACCUUUGGAGCAGUGCAGCCAGAAUACGACUCCAUCAAGUAAACCAUGGGAUGUACCUUUGGAUAGAUUUAACUCAUUGAGCAGUGAGUGCAUCUGUUCAAAUUUUCCUGGCUUUGAGCAAGAUGCAGCAACUGUCCCAGCCAUACACAAUUCUGAAAAUAAAAUCUUGAAAGAACAGAAAAAUUCUGAACCUUUUCUUCAUCAUGCUGAAAACAUAGCAAAUUUUACAUCACAGGAAUCUGCAGCUGUUUUCUCUCUCCAGUCUUCUUGUUCGUCUCGGAUUCAGCCAAUCACAGAUGCAGUCUAUAUGUCAAAGCGUUCUAUACCAGAUAUUAGCAGCCAAGAGUCUCUGGUUGUUAAUCACCAACAAAGUGCCAUUCAAGCUACCAAUUCAAUCUUAGAUGUAGAUACAAACAGUAAAAAGAAGAUAGAAAAAACUUUCUUUCCAUCAAACAAUAAAAAGUCAGAUGUGCUAAUCACUGUGUAUCCUGAAAGCUUCACUAAAGACAUUUCACAACAUUUUGAAAAGGAUUUUAUUGCAAAUGAUCCUCGUUUACACCCUAAUGCAAGUUCUGUAGUCAGUAAGCUCAUUUAUAAGACAUCACAAGUGGAUGAGCUAGAUAGCAGCAUGAUUGAUAUUCAGAUUGCAGGUGAAAAAGACCAUUCUGAUUACCUGUAUUCAUCCCAUAUGACAAGUAAUAAAAAUGAAAUAGAUCUACAGGAUCUAAAUGGCAGAGCGCUGAAAGGAAUUGCUAAUGAAUAUAACAGAAAACUUUUUAAUAUAGACAGCAUGGAAAACAGUUCAAUGGAAGAAAACUUGCAACAGUGCCUUUCACCUUGUUUGGAAAGCCAUUCACAAUUAACUGGACAUGAAGUGCAUAAGUACAGUGCGAGUGUUAAGUCAGAAUUGGAAGAAGCAAUAGAAGACCAUAAAGGAGAACAGUAUGAAGUUCCUCAAAGAAUCACAAGGAACAGAGCAAAUAUGCUUGCUAAUCAAAGUAAGCAAAAUCUUACUGGUUGUCCUCAGAUAUCAGAAAGAGAUUCUGAAUCAUCUUCCUCUAUAAAAGGAAGGAUAAGACUGACUGAGGAAGAUGAUGCUCAGGCGCAUCAUCCUCGUAAAAGAAAGCUGUCACGUGUUCCUCAGCCUGUGCAAGUGAAUCCCACAUUAAUGCAAGCUAAAGAAAAAAUUCACCAGUCCCUGGCAGCUAUUGUAGACUCUCUCAAACUAGAAGAGAUCCAGCCAUACAGUUCGGAGAGAGCAAAUCCAUACUUUGAAUAUUUGCACAUAAGAAAGAAAAUAGAAGAAAAGCGUAAAUUACUGUGUAGUGUUAUUCCUCAAGCGCCUCAGUAUUACGAUGAAUAUGUGACCUUCAAUGGAUCAUACCUCUUAGAUGGCAACCCUUUGAGCAAGAUAUGCAUUCCAACUAUCACACCUCCUCCUUCACUGUCAGAUCCACUUAAAGAACUGUUUAGACAACAAGAAGUUGUAAGGAUGAAACUUCGUUUGCAGCACAGUAUUGAGAGGGAAAAGCUUAUUGUUUCCAAUGAGCAAGAAGUAUUGCGUGUCCAUUAUCGAGCAGCAAGAACUUUAGCUAAUCAGACUUUACCAUUCAGUGCAUGCACAGUACUGCUGGAUGCUGAAGUGUAUAAUGUGCCUAUGGACAGCCAGACCGAUGACAGCAAAACAUCAGUUAGAGAUCGAUUUAAUGCACGACAGUUUAUGUCAUGGUUACAGGACGUGGAUGAUAAAUUCGACAAAUUAAAGACAUGUCUCUUGAUGAGGCAACAACAUGAAGCAGCAGCUUUAAACGCUGUUCAGAGACUGGAAUGGCAGCUUAAACUACAAGAACUUGAUCCUGCAACUUAUAAAUCCAUCAGCAUUUAUGAAAUUCAGGAAUUCUAUGUUCCUCUUGUGGAUGUUAAUGAUGACUUUGAAUUGACGCCUAUAUGACUGCUAGCAUCUCUUUGCUGUCUGUUACAGCUUAACAUUGUGAAAUAUAUAUGUAAUUCGUUUAAAAAUAUAGCACUAAUGUGGAAUACAUCCUUUUUCAAUCUUCCAUAUAUAACAUCAAAAUGCUUCACAAAAUCUCAUUCAAUGUUGUAAAUGUGCAUACCAUUUAUUACAAAUGGUAUUUAUUUUAGAUCCUAGGUCCAAAAAGCAUCUUCCCAACAGAGCUAUUUAUGUACAAAAAAAAAAAUCUUUCACUGAAGUUUUAACAGCGCUGGCAGCUGUUACAAAAAAAUCUGCUGAAAAGCACUUGCUAUUUUAUGUUCACUUUAAUGAUUUUUAUUAAACUUAAACUCCUACAAAAAACAAAACAUCAAGCUGUGGGAAAUAUUACACGCUUGUGGGAAUGUGGGGAGUGAGGGUCUAUUCAUCUUAUAUAAUUUAUAGGUUAACUGUACAGUUUUCUUUUUGGAAAAGAUGUAAUAUUGUUUUCAUUUUUUAAAAUAACUUAUUUUAUACAUAUUGCGCAAUUGUAAAUAAUAUUGUAUUUAACGUUCAACCCUGUAUAAAAAUAGAUAUUUUAAUUGUAAAACUGUUUUGUCUAAUGUUUUAUUGGACCAAAGUUGUUGUUUCUUAUGUGUAGUGUAUAGGCAGUUUUCUUUUAAAAGGCAUGUAUUUGAUUUAGCUACUUGUUCCAUCACCAUAACUGUUAAGAUUUGAGACUGAGUGGUAUUGCAUGCUAGCUCAGUUCAGGUUUUUUUCCUACUGUGUGGUACCUAAAUGAUUGCAACAUACGGUGCCAAUCCACCAAGCACUGCUUCUGUACAGCAUCCAUUCAUUCAGAGGAAUUUGCAUGAGUGUCCCUUUCAGUGUGGUUGCAGCAGUGCUUAAUGGAUUACACUUUGACUUCCUAGAGCCAUUUGUCUUUUGCUAUGCUGCUGUAAUGCCAUGCCUAUGACUUACUAUGAAGAGUAUUAUGUUUAAAAUCUUAAAAGAUUAUAAACCUGCUCUUACAUUGUGGUCUCAAAACAAGCCUUUUAGUGUCCUGCUUCUCCCUUACAAAUGCCUCUCAAUGAAAAAUUGUACAUUGUCUAUUUUAAUAUUUACCUAUUAAAGCAUAUGUAAAUAGUUGUAAAUACAAUGUUUAAUAAAUUCUAUUGGUCAUGCUAACAGAUGGUUGAAUCCUUGUGAUGGUGAAAUUUUCAUUCUUGAAGUUUUAUACACUUUGACAAAAAUAAAUCUUUGAAAGUUCCAUGA